GAUCACUUCCGAAGUUCUUCUCACAGUUCCUUCUCAGUUGCCAAUUGUGUGUGAUUGUAGUUUACUCGCUGUUUUUUCAAAUCAACUGUAUUUUCAAAAAUCUCAAGAUGAAAUACAUCUACGCUUUUACCAUCUUGGUUGCAGUCGUCGCUACUGCUAAGGCUGACGCCGAAAGCGACAAAUACUUGAAACAAGCCCUCGACAACAUCGAAACCGGAGUAAAGAAAUUCCAAGAAUUGACCGGAAUCCAGACCGAAUUCGACAAAACCAAAUUGGAAAAAUUCUUGAAAGAUAACUUCGGAAAAGUCACCGACAAAUUCCAAGAAUUGCUGAAAACCAUCGAAAAAGACGCUAAACCGUUCUCCGAUGACUUCAAAAAGAACGUCGAAAACAUCGUGAAACAAUUCAACGAAACUGUUAAGAACAUCAACACCCCCGAAUUACAAGGAAAAGUUAAGAAUGUCCAAGAAGCUCUCCAAAACUCCUUCAAGAAAGUCGGUGAACAACUUAACGAACUCGCUAAAUCGGCCGGAGUAGCUCCCCCUCCUUCCAUCCAAAAAACCUUGAACGAAAUCUACGAAGAAAUCUCAAAGAGCUCGCAAAAAGUUAGCGACAAAGUUCAACAAAUCGUCUCCGAUGCUCAAGCUGAAUUAAAGAAGAAGAAGCCUGCUGCUUAAUUUCGUCGAAUCCUAAUUUUUUUGUACUGAAUAUUUAUUUUCCUUUUCCUUUUCCUUUCCUUUUUUCGUAAAUAAUUUUGAUUUUUUUUUUGCCUUUUUUUUUACGUCGUUGCUUCAAUGUGAUCAUUUUUUGUCUUCCUAAAAUUUUGAAACCACCGCUGUUUUUUUUAUCCUUUGAAUUUUUUUGCAGUUUUAUUUAUUUCUGACGACGACGAUGCUCAUAAUUUUGGUUCAAUUGUCAUCCAAAAAUUUAUCCGUAAUAAACUAUUGUACAUAGAUUA